CCGCGCUCUCCUCCCUCCCACUACUGACCCUGAUGGGGGAGAUGUUGUUUCUCGCGUGCCACCUUCUCCUCUCCCUCGCCCUCAUCGUCGCCUCCCUCUCCCACCUAUUCUUCUCCUCCGUUGCCCACCAAUCCCCCGCGCACACUAACAACCACCGCUUUCGCAUCCUUCGACAUCCACUCUUUCGCAUACUCCCCGUCCUCGCUGCCCUCCCAUUCCCCUUCCUUCCCAUCGCCCCCACCUCUCGCCUACUCACAUUCACCCUCCUACCUCCCCUCCUCCUUCUACUCCCACUCCCCUUCCUCCCGGUCAACCACCUCCCACUCCUACGCCCUUUAUUCUUAUCCCUCCCUCUACUCCUCCAAGCCCGCGCCGUGGGUCUUCUCGCCGAUGCAUUCCCCGUAUCCGAUCUCCAGGUUCACACUCUCUCCAUCGCCACCCUCCUCCUCAUCACUGCCGCCACUACUUCCCUAGUAUCCACAUUGUCGCAGUCGAGAACCACCCAGCACUUGUUAGCGGAGACAUUGUUUACCUUUGUCGGUAUCGUUGGUGGCCUCUGGGCUCUCCAAAGUGGCCUCAACCUUUACGUCGACUCCUGCGUCCCCGCGGGUUGCCACCGGCUGAUGGACACAACUCUCGCACCAGCCACACGUUGUGACGUUGAUGAAGCUAGGCUACAGGCCAUUGCGUUCAUGGAUGUCAUGCUGUCAGUGCAUUGCUUGAUUGCGGCAACUUUUGUGUCUGGGUUGCAUCUCGGGGUGGCAAACAGGUACGUGGUUGAUGGUGGGGGUGUUAAUGUUGGUAUGGGGACAGGUCGAAGGCAUAAUAGCAUUGGGGGUUCAUAUGAUGCCCUGCCCAUGGUGCCUUUGUCAUCGGGGGCCAUUGAGGAGACAGAGUAUUUGCCUGUGAAGGGCGUCGUUGGCAAGGCUGUGGCACAGGAAUAAGAACGAAUUGACUUUCAUUACUAAUUACUAGGUGUACAUUGAUCGUCUGAAUUAAUGUGUGUUGUUCAGAUGUCACCCUCUAAAACAGUUAGUUGUAUGUGGCUAAAUUAUGUAGAUGAUUGGUGAUCAUUAGUUGCUAGGGAGAAACUAUGUGAAAUCUGGCAUUGUUGUUGUCUUGUUGAGUUGGUGAAUGGAGCCUUCAUGUCUUGUUUAUUUCA